AUGGCUCAUCCCUCCCCGGCGGCGGCGGCGGGCGGAUUCGUGCUGUGGCUGCACGGGUCCGGCGGGACGGGCGAGCUGAGCCGCGCCCAGGUUGCCCCCUACUUCUCCGCCACCCCCGCCCUCCGCCUGUGCUUCCCCACCGCCCCCACCACCCCCAUCACCUGCUACGGUUGUGAGAUCAUGAUCAAUGCUUGGUUCGGCAUCCCGGGGACCCCUAUAACCGCUACCACUGUUAGAGAUGAAAAGGGGGUCCUUAAAGCCGUUGAGCAUGUGCACGAAAUGUUAGACAAAGAAGUGGCCGCCGGGACGAGUCCUGCAGACAUUUUCGUUUGUGGACUAAGCCAAGGAGGUGCUCUAGCCGUAGCAAGUGUUCUGCUGUACCCCAAAACUUUAGGCGGCUGUGUUGUUUUCAGUGGUUCAGUUCCUCUAAGCAAAUCAUUCGCCGAGAGGGUGCCACCUGAAGCUAGAAAGACUCCAGUAUUAUGGUUCCAUGGGAUGGCGGACGGGUUAGUACUGUUUGAAGCGGGGCAAGCCGGGUGCGCAUUUCUCCAAAAGCUUGGCAUGGCCUGCAUAUUCAAGGCUUAUCCAGGUCUUGGACACUCGUUGGUGGAUCAAGAGCUUCAGUAUUUUCGACAAUGGGUACUGGAGCGUCUAGGGAUCUCUCAACGAACUGAAGCUGCAGGACCAUCGUCGUCAUCUUGACCACUGAAAUUUCUAUCAGCUGAUCUUCAAAUUUAUGGGUACCAUUUCUAGUUGGUAGAUUACUAUAUCAGUGACCUGAACCUCGGUUUAUCUAGUCACACGAAUGAUUUGGAAUGUGAUCCAACAAAAGGUUCAUGAUACUUCUAGUUGACACCCGGGUGACUUUCUCUGUCAAUCAAUGAUGCUUCGAUUAACUGCCACAGGUGGCUGACAAGUGGAUCUUGGGCCCACAUGCUAGUUGAUCAUCUAUCAUGUUUCCCAAGUCAAUCAGGUUACUAAUUGUUGUAAUCCUACAGAGCAAUUUAUCCUUUUUUUCUAGAAGAGAGCUAUUUGUUAUUUGAUACUACCAGUACUCCGAUCUUGAAGUACUGGAUUGUCUAGGGAUCUCUCAAGGAACUGAAGUUGCAAGAUCAGCAUUGUCAUCUUGACCACAAAGAUUUUCACUAGCUACUUCUCAGAUUUAUUGAUACCGUUUCUAGGUGGUACAUUUACGAGUACAUCUGUGACCUGAAUCUUGGUUUGUAUUUCCACAUGAAUGUUUUGGAACGUGAUCCAGUGAAAAGAUUAUGGUACUGCUAGUUGACUUAAUUAGGGCAUGUACAAUGCAAGAUGCUUAAGGAGAUGCUUACAAAAAUGAACCAGUUUUUAAUUAAGCACGGGUGCUUAUUUAUACUAGACAGAUGCCUAACUAGGCACCUCUUCUAUACCAAUAACCACCGGUGCUUAACAAAUUUUCUUAAGCACCUUGCAUUGUACAUGGCCUUACGUGCCAGGUGACUUGGUUGAUGCUUCAAUUAACUUUCACAUGUGGCUGUCAAAUGGAUCUUGGUCCCAUAUGGUAGUGGAUCAUGUAAUUUGUUUCCCAAGUCAAUCAGGUCACUAAUUUUUGCAAUCGUAUACAGAUCAAAUUGUCCUUGAUACUACUCUGUAAUCGUGUACAAACCUCUUGCACCAGAUUAACCCUUUUAGUAUCCUUGCGACCACUCAAGGACUACAGCAAAGUA